AUGGACCCAGAAGUAUUCUUGUCUGAGUCCGAUCAUUUUAUUGUGUCCCUAAAGACACGUUCAUCGUUUUCAUUGCUUCCAGUCAACGUCAAUAUGUCUUUUAACUCUUUUCAUAAAUUGGCUGAGGCUCGAUCUGUGUAUUUCAUUCUAUGUUUGAACAAUCUUUCGUUCUUUCUUAUAUAUAAUGUUCUUUCUUUUAAAAAUGUUUCCUAUUUUCACGCCUAUUUCUUCUUCGCUUUCACAAUAUUUCUUUCUUUCAUUUCCACGAUUCUUUUCUUUGAUGUUUGUUACUUUAUACCCUUAAUUUAUUUUUCCGUUUCUUUCUUUCUUUCUUUCUUAUACGUUUUAACAAUAUUUCUUUCGUUCCUUUCCAAUAUUCCUUUUCUUUCUUUCUUUCUUUCUUUCUUUCUUUCUAUUUUCCUUUCUUGUUCUCUAUUUUUCCUUAAUUUUCUUUCUUUCUUUUUCUUUCUCUCUCUUUUUCUUUCUGGUUCUCUAUUUUUCCUUAAUUUUCUUUCUUUCUUUCUUUCUUUCUUUCUUUCUUUCUUUCUUUCUUUCUUUCUUAUAUAUGCUUUAACAAUUUAUUUAUUUAUAUUUUCUUUUUCUUUCUUUCUUUUUCUCUGUUUUUCUUUCUUUUUAUUUAUUUCUUUAUUUUUCUUUAUUUCUUUCUUUCCUUCUUUCUUAUACGUUUUAACAAUAUUUCUUUCUUUCGUUCCCAGCAUUCCUUUUUUUCUUUCUUUCUUUCUUUCUUUCUUUCUUUCUUUCUUUCUUUCUUUCUUUCUUUCUUUCUUUCCCAGCAUUCCUUUUCUUUCUUUCUUUCUUUCUUUCUUUCUUUCUUUCUUUCUUUCUUUCCCAGCAUUCCUUUUCUUUCUUUCUUUCUUUCUUUCUUUCUUUCUUUCUUUCUUUCUUUCUUUCUUUCUUAUAUAUGCUUUAACAAUUUAUUUAUUUAUAUUUUCUUUUUCUUUCUUUCUUUUUCUCUAUUUUUCUUUCUUUUUAUUUAUUUCUUUAUUUUUCUUUAUUUUUCUUUCUUUCUUUCCUUCCUUCUUUCUUUCCUUCUUUCUUAUACGUGUGUGUCUUUUAAAAAUAUUACCGUUUUUUUCGUACGUCUGGUUUUCUAGUUUAACAAUAUUUCUUUUUUUCGUUUCCCAGCAUUUUUUUUUUCUUUCUUUCUUUCUUUCUUUCUUUCUUUCUUUCUUUUCUUUCGUUCCUUUCAUUCCUUUUCUUUUCUUUCUUUCUUUCUUUCUUUUCUUUCUUUUUUUCUUUCUUUCUUUCUUUCUUUCUUUCCCAGCAUUCCUUUUCUUUCUUUCUUUUCUUUCUUUCUUUCUUUCUUUCUUUUUUUCUUAUAUAUGCGUGCCUUUAAAAAAUAUAACAGUUUUUUUUAUUACGUCUGGUUUUCUUCAGUUUAACAAUUUAUUUAUUUAUAUUUUUUUUUUCUUUCUUUCUUUUCUCUGUUUUUCUUUCUUUUUAUUUAUUUCUUUUUUUUUUUUCUUUCUUUCUUUCUUUCCUUCUUUCUUAUACGUCAUUCCUUUUUCUUUCUUUCUUUCUUUCUUUCUUUCUUUCUUUCUUUCUUUCGUUCCCAGCAUUCCUUUUCUUUCUUUCUUUCUUUCUUUCUUUCUUUCUUUCUUUCUUUCUUUCUUUCUUUCUUUCCCAGCAUUCCUUUUCUUUCUUUCUUUCUUUCUUUCUUUCUUUCUUUCUUUCUUUCUUUCUUUCUUUCGUUCCCAGCUUUCCUUUUCUUUGUUUGCUUGUUUGCUUCUUUCAGCAUUUAAUGUAUUCUUUCUUUCCUUCUUUAUUUUCCUAGUUUCUUUCUUUUAUUCGACGCUUCAUCCACUUAAUUUGUCCUUUCUUUCCUCUUUCUCUCCUUUUCAUCUUCCUUUCAUAAUUUUCUCUACUUACUUGAAAAAUUAA